AUUUACUAGAACAGGAAGCUUAGAGGGCACAAGUACUCCUGCAAGUGCAAGCUGCCCAGACCAUGCAGAUCCUGCAUUUGGCUCUUUGUUGCCUAUGGCUUCUCCUGCAAAGAACAGCUGUGGCAGCUGGGUCCAUAAAAGUCCAGUGUGGGGAAACAGCAGUCCUACCGUGUCCCACUGUUGCUGGAGGGAUGCACAACUACUGGGCCAUUGGCUGGUACAAGGUAGCCAAUGAGAGUCAUGAAAUGGGGCUGAUUCGGAGACAUGAGAACAGCACGCAUGUGUAUUCAGGGACCCAGAGGGAGUUCCUGAUGGAUGUGCAGCAAUCGCUGGUCAUUCCUGAGGUCCAGCCGGAGGACUCUGGUGCAUACCGCUGUUCCCUGUGGGCCAGAGUUGGGCAUUUCAAUCAGCAGGCAGACAUUAUCCUGCAGAUAUCAGAGUGCUCGACUCUCCAGUCAGCCACAUUACCCAGGGAGACUCUGCUGCUGGAUUCAGAGCAAGGGAGCAGCGUGAGCCCUAAUUCCACCUGCUGCUGGGGGAAACCGGUUCCUGUCCUUGCUACUGUCCUGGGGCUGUUGGCUGUCAACUUGGGGAAAGGGCUGCUCAGUCUUGCCUUCACUCUGGCGAUUGUCGUCAUUCUGAAAGGAAAGAGAAGGAAAAAAGCAGGAGAAAGGUUUUAAGGAAGAAGUGAGGAGACGAUGGAAAGACCGAGAUUUGCUUCUCUGACAGAGGACUUGGAACUUGCUUGCAGGAACUAGGAGCAGCUGUAUAUGCAGCUUGAACCUUUAGCACUGUAAGUAGGGUCAGAGCUUAAACGACUCCAGUAGCUUUGAAUGAUUUGAAGUCAGCUAACUUUGCCCACAGCUGCAAGUCUGCUUUUAAUCCUUCCUUUGGGAAACACGGUGUCUGCCUUGAAUGUCCCAACGCCAAGCUCAGGUCUUGGGGGACGUGCAGAACUUUUAUAUCCAGACACAAGACUCUCACUCCACUCUCCGCAGCUGCUUUGAGGCAGGGAGUGAACAUGAUCAACAGAGAAGAAGCUGGUGAGAUUGGAGAAAGAGAGGUGCCAUCUGCUCUCUGUGGGACGUGGACUUCUGUUGGUUUUCUCAGAGUUCUGUAUAUUGUUUCAAAAUACAACUGCA